CUCAGUCAGUGUAGCAGUGCCUGUCAGCCAGCCUGUCUCCCUCUCAGCUUUUACGCCACAGCUGCUGCUUCUUCUUGCGCUACAGAACAACAGAGCUCAGCCAAGAGGAAAGGAGAGAAACAGGACAGGAAGAGAGAGAAACACGGGAAAAGAGAGGACUGCAUUCUCCUCAACUCAGGAUUAUGAUAUACUGCAGCCAUCCGCUGAAACAUUUGAAUUAGAUUAUUUUUAUUUUCCUACCCUUUUCCUCUCUCAAUCAGACUGCCUAGCAACAUGAAGGACUAGCCGCAGCACCACCAUCACACAGAGAAGGAAAACAAAUCACUGUGAAGGCUUCUGUUGUAUUUUCAGACACGUUCCAAAAGGGAUGUGGGGAGAGAAAAGAGAGAGGGACCAGUGAAGAGAUAAGAAAGGGAGUCUGCAGUGUAUAACUGAGACAAGGACUGAAAAAAGCAGAGGGGCGGAGGAAGAGAAAACAGAAAGAACUCCAGACCUGAAGGCUUAGAGGUAGAGGAGAGAAGAUGACGGAGGCUGAACACACUGGGACAGAUGGACGGGUGUUACGCCAACAAUAAUACAUUCAGACUGGACGAGAGGGACGUGUGUUGCGCAAUUAGGCAGCGUGGAAGAGGAUAUUACCCCAGAUUUUGGAGGAGUGGAUCGGUGAUGGCGUCGGGUGUGUCGAAAGACGCACCAGAGAUCACUAAGUUCAUCUGCCAGCUGCAGAUAAGAGAGGUUAUUCACAGAUGAGGCAACUCUCUUAUCUAAAGGAGAGCAGACCUGCAGUAUGAUCGUCAGUGUUUCUGCAGAGCCAGUGUUGAGCCUGGGACCUGCCUAAAUGGCCACUGAGUCAGCACCAUCCUAGCUCGGCUAAGGGACAAGAGAAUCCUCCAGAUAACUCCGUGAGGGGGCUCACAUAUCACCAGGCUAAAUCAUCCAGAGAGCUAAAACGUCUCCCUCUUUGCUCUGUGUGGAGCCCCAAGUAUUGCGUUGCUAGCUCUACUAGGGGGCCCUAUAUUGCAACCACUAGCUCCACCUAGAGGGCACACUCCCACCUGUAUGACAACUGAGAAAACCCUCUGGCUGUUGGAAAACACAUGUUUGACGUGAUUGCAUGUGACCGACCGUCGCCUCGCCAUCCUGCUGAUCCACCAUGCAGUGGAGACGGCGGCACUGCUGCCCUAUCAAGAUGACCUGGACGGUGAAGCGCUCACUCUUCCGGACCCACGUGGCAGGCCUCCUAUCCCUAGCCCUCCUCUUCACACUCUUCCUCUUCAUCAGUCACCAGGAUUGGCUGCCGGGCCGGAGCACACCUCGGGACAACCCCUUGGCCUACACCGUUAAGGGCUUACGCACAUCCAAGGCCGAGACUAACCAGAGCCUGAGUCUGCGAAGCUUGUGGAGGGAGAUGGGCUACGUACCUCCCAAGCCCCAGCUCAACCUCAGCUCCCAGCAGAGUGAGGGUGGUGGUGGAAUCAUGGUUGGUGUAACGGGACUGGAGAACUCGAUGAGUGCCAACAACAGUUUACAGCAGGAGAUGGGUGUGGGAGGGAGGCUCAAUGCUCAGCCCUACCGUUACAUCCUCAAUGAGCCAUUCAAAUGCCGGGACAGCAACCCGUUUCUCGUGCUGCUGAUUGCUGCAGAGCCAGGCCAGGCAGAUGCCAGGAAUGCUAUCCGGCAGACGUGGGGCAACGAGAGCGUGGCCAUGGGCCUGGGUUUUGUCCGACUCUUCCUGCUGGGUCUGGGGCAGAGCAUGGACAGGUACACCCAGAAUGCCAUCGAGGAGGAGAGCCGGGUCUACAAUGACAUCAUUCAGCAAGACUACCAAGACACAUACUACAACCUCACCAUCAAAACUCUAAUGGGCAUGAACUGGGUGGCCAACUACUGCCCGCAGGCACGCUACGUAAUGAAGACAGACAGUGAUAUGUUUGUCAACACUGAGUAUCUCAUCCAGAAGCUUCUGAAGCCAGAGCUGCCGCCCAGACAGAGUUACUUCACAGGCUAUCUGAUGAGAGGAUAUGCGCCAAACCGCAACAAGGACAGCAAGUGGUACAUGCCUCCAGAGCUGUACCCUAGUGAAAGGUACCCGAUCUUCUGCUCAGGGACAGGGUAUGUUUUCUCUGGGGACAUGGCGGAGAGAAUAUAUCAGGCAUCUCUCAGCAUACGAAGACUGCACCUGGAGGACGUUUAUGUGGGUAUCUGCCUGGCCAAGCUCCGCAUCGACCCCACACCACCACCUAACGAGUUCCUCUUCAACCACUGGAGGGUGUCUUAUUCCAGCUGUAAGUACAGCCACCUCAUCACCUCUCACCAGUUCCAGCCCAACGAACUGGUAAAAUAUUGGAACCACUUGCAGAGCAACAAACACAAUGCCUGCAUCAACACGGCCAAGGAGAAGAACGGACGGUAUAGACACAGGAAAUACCAUGCAGAGAGACCUCAAUAAUGAGAACUCUACUUCCGGAGGUAAGAGGUGAAAUUGGAAGGAAGCAGACUAAAGUAUGGGCUGAACCUAGAAAGGGCAUGUUACAAGAGUCCAGCACACUAUCUGGAAAACAGCACAUUGUUUUUAGUAUUGUGUACAGUUGAUUACAACUAUUUUUUUAAUUUGAGAGAGAUGUUAUGUAUUGUAAACCUGUUGAAAACUCUUGUUUAAUGGGCAGUGAAGUUCCAUGUUUAUGUGCAAUAUGAAGCAUGUAUACAAAACAUUCUAAAAUGAUGAGGAGGGAAGUCUGCCCCUUUCAGGUGCCAAUACAAUAAUUAGAAGAUAGAAGCCCAGUGGUUGAUGGGAUUUUGGUAUACAACGGGUAGGUCAUGAGCUAUAAAAAACUAUUAACAUAGAGUAUUUACAUGGGAUGGGAAAAGGGAAAGAAAGAAAUGUAUCACUACCUACAAAACCAUAUGAAUAUAUGUAUGACCCGUAAUGCUGCCCUUUUUCUCAAUGUUUACUUUACAGAAUGAACAGAAAGUAUUAAUCAAGUGUUGUUUACCUGUCAAUAUGCCAUAUAUUUUAUUUACAACUAAGGUAAAAGCACUCAGAAUCAUAACUGACAGAAAGGACUGAGAUUGUAUUUUCUAAAGCUUUACAUUGGGUAAAUAUGAUGAGUCUGCACUUGAGGCAAAUGUGCAAUGAGUUAAAUACCAAUUAAAUUAAAUUUAUUGAAUUAAAAAUGAAUUUUGAAUGU